GACUUCUAUUUUGUUUAGAUGUGUUUAUGAUCGACAAACUAAGUAGAAAUAUUUUUUUUAUUAUUCCAUUUCGUAUAUUUCUUUAUAUCGGUUUAUGUUAUUCUUCUGGUUGUGUAUGAUAUGAAUGGAUGAUGGCACAUAGAGAGAGGUAGUAGUGUAGGGUUCGAUCGAAGAAUGUGUUAGCGUUGAAAUUUAGUUGAUGUAUAAAAUCCAAACGAAGAACUGCGUGCUGUGCAACGUCGCGGCCGUGUUUUUAAGUUUUUUUUUCUUUCGUUUAAUUUCUCCCUUUUUCGACAUACAAAAACCGUUCAAAAAUUUCCAUUUACCGACCCAAAAUUUUGGAUUAUAAACUGGUGGAAAAUUUGGUGUAAAUUGUUUUAAAUUCAUUUUCGCCUUUACUAUAAAUUAAACUCCCGCCCCAAGAGAAAAAAAAAACAAAAAUUUUAAUUCAAUAAAAUUAAAACCGAAACCUAAUUUUGAAUAAAAUAAAAAUUAUAAAAACGAAAAAGAUUAUAACACUUGGUGAGACUAUCUGUCGAUACAUUGAUUUGUAUUACCGGCAGCUAUAAAUUCGGGAUAAAUAAAGUGAAAAUCAUUUGAAAGGAAAAUUAAUUAACGAAAAAAGUGUGAUUGAAAAACCUACAGAUCGUCGAUCGAAAGUUUUGUUGUUUUUUUCAAAUAAAAAAAUGAGUUUAUGUUACCACAUCCACACUUACUUGAAUUGAAAUGAAAGGAAAAAUUGAAUUUUGUCGUAAAGUGAAAAACAUAUAAUCAAUAUAAGAUCUACGUAAAAAUUUGGUUGAACAAAGAUUUGUGAAUUAAUUUAACCAAAAACAAAAUAAUAAAAAAAAAACUGUCGUUCACUGUAUCGACAUAUUGGUUGUGUUUAUGAAGAAAAAAUUGUUUUUUCUUUUUGUAAUUUUUUUGUUAAGUUAACUUUUCGUCUUAUUUCUCAUUUUACCAACCAUUUUUAAUGUAUUUAACAUUUUCAUAUUUAUAGUGUUUGCGGUUGUUGAACAAAACAAAACAAAAAAAAAAUUAAAAAUUUUACUAAAACCAAAAAGUGUUUUGAUCAAAAUUCAAAAUUAUUUAAAAAAAUCAUCGAAAAAACAAAAUAUUCGACCAAUUAAAAACCCAAAAUUAAAACCAAUCAAAAAUGACAUCAGAACUAGAUCAAUUCGCCGAUUUGGAGCUAUCGAAAGAGGAUCGGGAUCAGAUCUUUGAUCCACCUUCUGAUCGACAAAUUGAUACAUCAAUGAGCCCUCCUUCAACAAAAAUCGUUAUUAGCGGUAUACCGUUGCACGCUCAUUUCGAUGACAUCGAACCACUCUUAAAACCAUAUGGCACAGUGGAAAAUUGUGAUGCCGUUUCUAGUAAAGAUCCAAACACUCAAACAAUUCACAUAACAUUUGAAACUCACGAGCAAGCUCAACGAGCUGCUGCUGGUUUAAAUGGUGUGGACUUUAAGGGCAGCAAAUUACACGUUGAAUCACUAGACAAAUCGCGUCGAAACAAUCGCACUCGUGUUCAAUACGCUGGUAUGCCGGGUCCAGGCCGACAAACCGACUUUCCGCUAAGACUGCUGGUGCAGAGUGAUAUGGUCGGUGCGAUUAUCGGUCGGCAGGGUAGUACAAUACGUCAAAUAACACAGCAGAGUCGAGCUCGUGUAGAUGUUCAUCGAAAAGACAAUGUUGGAUCGUUGGAAAAGGCAAUAACAAUUUAUGGUAAUCCGGAGAAUUGUACAAACGCAUGCAAGCGGAUAUUAGAGGUUAUGCAACAAGAAGCUAACAACACCAAUAAAGGGGAAAUUUGUUUAAAAAUUUUGGCCCACAACAAUUUGAUAGGACGAAUUAUUGGGAAAAAUGGUAACACCAUCAAGCGCAUCAUGCAAGAAACCGAAACCAAAAUUACCGUCAGCUCAAUCAAUGAUAUCAACAGUUUCAAUUUGGAACGCAUUAUCACUGUCAAAGGGGCCAUCGACAGUAUGUCGAAGGCUGAAAGUCAAAUCAGUUCGAAAUUGCGACAAAGUUACGAAAAUGAUCUACAAGCUAUGGCACCGCAAAGUAUAAUGUUCCCUGGCUUACAUCCUAUGGCAAUGAUGUCAACAGCCGGCAACGGAAUGGGCUUUCCCAAUCGUGGUGUGUAUCCUGGACCUGGCUAUCCAAUGUAUCAACCGCCUGCCGGUUUGCCACCGGGUGCUGGCGAUAUUCAGGAAACAACCUUCUUGUACAUACCCAAUAAUGCAGUCGGUGCUAUUAUUGGUACGAAAGGAUCGCAUAUUCGUAAUAUUAUUCGUUUUUCGGGUGCAUCGGUCAAGAUUGCGCCGCUAGAAGCGGACAAGCCAAUUGAACAGCAAACGGAGCGUAAGGUUACGAUAGUGGGCAGUCCUGAGGCGCAGUGGAAAGCACAGUACCUGAUUUUUGAGAAAAUGCGCGAAGAGGGUUUCGUUCAAGGAACAGACGACGUACGACUAACCGUUGAGAUUUUAGUCGCCAGUUCGCAGGUCGGACGAAUCAUUGGCAAAGGAGGUCAAAACGUUCGAGAAUUGCAACGAGUCACAGGUAGCAUAAUUAAGUUGCCUGAACACGGCACUGCACCGCCAGUUGAUGAAGAGACAACUGUUCAUAUUAUUGGGCCAUUCUUUAGUGUGCAGUCCGCCCAACGAAGAAUUCGCGCCAUGAUGCUGUCAACGAAUCCACCUCCAGUAACAAAGAAAACCAGUCAAAAAUCGAGUAACAGCAAAGAAUUAUCGCCUGGUCAUCCACAACAAUCGUCAUCCAGUUCUCAAUAAAGUAUGUUACAACCACAAAUUAACUAAAAAAAACAACUUUAUCCCCCGAAAAUACAACCGCCAACAACAACAACAACAACAGAAUCCAAUACAAAAAAAAAUAUUUGCAAAACUAAUAUCCCAUGAAAUUCUAGCCAUUCGAACCAUUCACGGAAAACCAAAAGAAAAAUCCCUUCGCAUUUGUUCGUUUAAAAUGUUUAAAAUUGAGCAACUUAAAUUGGAACACGGAUGAACCAGAUCACUCAUUCGACAGUUCUGUGUCAUAUAUUGAGUUAAUUCGUCAUUUUGAUUAAAAAAAUAUUAUUUUUUUUUAGAUUUCCUUGGAUAAUUAUCCCUGUGCAUGAAUAGAUAUAUUUUAUAGAACAUAUCCUCUCCCCCUGUAAAAUUUUUGUUUUCUCCAUGUCCAUUUAAAGUAUAAUUAGAUUCCGCGAAAGCUUUUUUUUUUUAAAUAAAACAAAGAGAAAAUAUUUAUGAUGAACACAAAGUAAAUAAAACAAAAAGUUCUUGAAAAUAAAAAUGAUUAAAAGUAUAAAAUGUAAAAGUAGUAGUUACAUUCCCAUGUAAAUAUUAUGUCGUUCUCUAAUAAUUAAAUAGAAAAACAAAGAAAUGCAAAAAGAUUAAAAAACAAAAUAAAUAAACAGAAUCGGACGGAAGGAUUUAAAUGAAAAACAAAACAAAAAGUUUAAUGAAAAGAAUGAUAAAAGCGCUCGCUAAAUUUAGAUAAAAAAAAUAGAAUUAAAGUUAAAAAUAAACAAAACAAAAUAAUUGAAAAAUACACUGCAGAAAAGAAGAAAAAAACAAACAAAUAUUUUGUAAAUAAGAAUAAAGAAAAGAAUGGAAAUAGCAUGAAUAAUUAUGUCCUAUAACCUUAGUUUAUUGAUCAGCAAGAGAUAGAGAAGACGGAAAGAAAAAACGUUUUUUUUUCUUCUUUAAAUUGGAUCGAUUGUUAUUGCAUAGCCACACAUUUACAAUUUGAAUUCAAGUUAAUCAAAUUUAUUCAUUUAAAUGGAGAAGAAGUAAAGUACUAAAUCAACAAAAAAAAAUCUUUUUCGGCGGAGCUUUUAUUUUCCUUUUCCAAAAUUCACACAUCAAGAUUUCGUACCCAAUACUCUUGGGGUCAAUUACACCCAUUACAACCAAUAUUUCUUCUCGAUUUUUGUUUAUUAUUAAUUUAAAAAGAAAAGUAUUGUCAUGAGUUGCCUUAGAUUAUUAUAAUAUAAUAAAUGAGCGAAAGAUUAUAAUACGGUGCUGAAGCUGAAGUUAUAAUAA